UGACCAUCACUCCUGACAACAAACCACACUCCUGCUUGUGCUUGGGGACUGAGGGGUCCUGUCCCUGCGAAGUUGGCUUCAGGACCACCCACUGAGCAUCGGAACCUCCCUGUGUUUGGAGGAUUCCCUGAGCUAUGUCUUGAUGAAGGCAAAGACUGUUUCUCCAGCCCAGCUGGACCCGAAAAUGCCAGACACCCACAUUCGAAACCUCUCUUGCAACUAGCACACGGGCCUGCGGCUUGGGUGCCUCCGACUAGUCUCAGGACUGAGGCUACCACCAACCAACUGAGGAGGCCGCUGAGAUGAAUGCCUGCCGGGAAGGAAAGCCGGAUAGAGCAAGAAGACGAUGGAGCCAGGCAGGACUCAGAUAAGGCUCGAUCCCAGGUACACAGCAGAUCUUCUGGAGAUUCUGAAAACCAAUUACAGCGUUCCCUCUGCCUGCUUCUCUUACCCUCCCACUGCAGCCCAGCUUCUGAGAGCAUUGGGCCCUAUGGAAAUUUCCCUCAUGGUCAUCAUGACCUUGCUUGUCCUGGGCUCAAUAGCCAUCUUCCUGGAGGCUGCUGUCUACGUGCACAAGAACACUCGCUGCCCUAUCAAGAGGAAGACCCUGCUCUGGUGCAGCUCUUCACCCACGAUAGUGUCUGCAUUCUGCUGCUUUGGUCUCUGGAUUCCUCGUGCCCUCACACUUGUGGAAAUGGCCAUAACUGCGUUUUACGCAAUGUGCUUUUACCUGCUGAUGCAGGCCAUGGUGGAAGGCUUUGGUGGGAAGGAGGCAGUACUGAGGACACUGAAGGACACCCCGGUGAUGAUCCAUACAGGCCCCUGCUGCUGCUGCUGCCCCUGCUGCCCCCGAAUCAAGAUCACCAGGUGAGAUGGGAGGGAGAGUCUGCCUGGAAGAGCAGAUUGGCCUCUUCUGCACUCUCUUAAGAGCCUCUGCUGACUCUCUCAGUCCUGUUUCAAGCCUCAUGGGAUUUGGCUUGAAUAGAACAAAGUCAGUGAUGAAAGGGUGGGCAUCCCACAGCCAGGACCCACACACUGGGCACCCACACAGGGGUAGGAGGAACAGAGGAAGGAGAACUCCAGAGUUCCCAUCACUUACGCUCACUGUCCCCUACAAACUUUAUCACAGAGAACAAAUUGCACUUUGGGCUAUUUAUUUUCCCUUUCCAUCCAUUUCAGUUAAUGAGGUUGGGGUCAAUCCUCAGAUAGUUGUUGCUCAAAAGGCAUCACUAUGGUCUGAGGGUGAGUGGGAGGCAGUAAAGACGGUUCCCAAUGCUCUUCCUGAGUCCCCACCCACUUGACUAUGUUGGUGUCUAUGAUGGUGGCCAAGCCUUGCCAGGAACCCAGUGAGAGAGCUGGAAGUUCUGGUGGGUGGGUGAUUUGCAGGUCUAUGUUCCUAACCCUCUUCCCACUUCAGGAAGAGGCUUCAGCUGCUGCUGUUGGGCCCCAUCCAGUACGCCUUCUUCAAGAUAUCGCUGAGCCUGGUGGGCCUGUUUCUCAUC